AUGGCGAAUGAGACUGUCUUGGUCACAGGUGCAUCAGGCUUCAUCGCUACUCACAUCGUUGAAUCAUUCGUGCGUGCCGGUUACAAUGUACGCGGCACCGUUCGGUCCGAACGGACGGCUCACAAGGUCCGUUAUACCUUCCAGGAGUACAAGGACAAGUUGAGCCUUGUCAUUGUCCCGGAUGUCGCUGCUGCGAGAGCCUUCGAUGAGGCUGUUCAAGGAGUCACCGGGGUCAUUCACACCGCGGCGCCCUUCCAAACGGAAGUCGAAGACAAAGAACGAGAUCUGCUGCGACCUGCCAUCGAAGGAACAAUUAACCUCCUGGACUCUAUUAAGAGAUGUGCCCCUCAUGUCCGCCGAGUCGUCCACACGUCUUCUUUUGCCGAUAUCCUCGAUGUAUCAAAGGGAGACCGACCGGGUCACAUAUACACAGAGGCAGACUGGAAUCCAAUGACAUAUGCGGAGGCCAUAAAUGAAAGCACCCCCGACAUGGCAUCCUACUGCGCAGGAAAGGCUAUGGCUGAGCAUGCAGCGUGGGAGUUCAUGGCCACAGAGAACCCUCCAUUUGACCUGGUCACUAUCUGCCCGCCAUACGUCUUUGGUCCGGUCAAGAACGCCACAGCAAGCUUGGUUAACCUGAAUAAUUCGUCAAUGGAUGUAUACCGACUCAUGUCGCCCAUGUCAAAGCCAAGCCACGCUAUGCCGCCAACUUCGCUGUGGGUGUGGGUGGAUGUACGUGAUGUCGCCGAAGCGCAUCUAAAAGCCUUCGAGGUCCCUGAGGCUGGAGGACAGCGGUUCUUGAUUGCUCAAGGCACAUACAGCUAUCAAGGAAUAGCCGAUAUUCUCCGAGAUAAUGUGGUGGAAGUGAGAGAUCGUGUUCCCGUGGGUAAACCACGAUCUGGACUAGGCGAUGUCUAUGGCAUCGAUGCAUCAAAGUCAGAGAAUGUGUUGGGGCUAAGUUAUCGUCCCUUAGAAGACCCUAUAGUCGAUGCGGCAAAGUCAUUUCUGAAGCUGGAGCAGGUGAUUUGA